GGCUUCCUUUUUAAAAAGACGGCGGGAAUCGCUCUUUUUAUUUCUUCGGUUCUGCUGAGAAGAGCGUUCUGUCCCGCGUUCAUUCGCAGAAAACAGCGCGAUGGUGCGAACUAAAGCUGAUAGCGUUCCCGGCGCGUACAGGAAAGCUGUUGCCGCCUCUGCGCCUCGGAAAUCCCUCGGCGCUUCCGGCUCCAUGAACGCGCACAGCAGCGGCGCGCAGUCGGGCACGCCUGCUAAGAGUAAGUACGCGGGGGGUAACCCCGUGUGUCCGCGGCCCACUCCCUCGUGGCAGAAGGGCAUCGGAGACUUCUUCGGUGGCCCCAGUCGGAAACCAGAGAAGGAGAACCUUCACCCCGUGCCUGAUGAUGAAGAUGACGAAGAGGCGGGUGGCAGCGGCGUGGCUAAAGUGCCCAGGAAGUCCAGACCCAUUAUUGAUGAUGAAGACGAGGAAGAGGAUUGAUCUCUUGAUCUUCAGUUUACAUGUUUCAUUGAUGCUCGAGUAUUUUUAGUGUAAAUCUUUGUAAAUACUUUUAAUGGAUGUCUCGCUGGUUUUGUACAGAGGUUUAAUAAAAUGAUUUUUCAGA